AUGACCCUUUGCAACAUCUGCCGGGAAUUGUGUCCCAACUUCGAGAACGGGAGUGGCGAUUGGGAGUCUGUUGAGGAGGGCUUUCUCAUUAUUGAUCCCGUUCCAAUGCAUCAAUCAUGGGAGUCCUUCUCCAAAUCAUUGAAUUAUAAUUGUGCGAUAUGCUGGGGCCUGUGGCGUUCCAUACGAUCUUCGCCGCGAGCAUCGCCAAAUGAAGAAGCCGACGUGGAUUUCAAGAGUUGGCUGCACGAGGGGGCGUUUUCAGCAGAGACGUUGACUUUUACCUUGCACAUUAAUUUGACAGGGAAGGACAACAGACGAGAGUCAAAUGAGUUUCGAGUUCGUUACACGACAUCGGAAUCCCUUAAAGAAGCUCGGCAUAGCUACGGCAUUGACGUCGAUCAGACGUCUGGGUCAGUGGCUCGCUUUAUCCAAAAUUGGAGCAAUCACUGCACAAAAACCCAACCCGGAUGUAUCAAGCGAGAUGUAUCUUUAACCGGCACUGGUGACAUAGAUUUGCCUAGUCGACUAUUAGAUCUGGGCGGUACCGAUUCCAAGAAGUUUCGCAUCGUCCAAAGCCAAAAGUGUUGUCAAAAGAACGACCAAUAUGUUACUCUUACACAUAGAUGGUCGCAUGACACGCCAAAGCUCUUGCAAACCAAUUGUGAACAAUACUAUACCUUCCAAUCCGACAAUAUUCUGCCGCAGGACUAUCGAGAUAUUAUAUCAAUCUGCCGCGAAAUGUCUGUUCAGUUUCUGUGGAUUGACUCUCUCUGUAUCUUACAAGACUCGCCCGAGGAUUUACUACGGGAGAUCAAAACGAUGUUGAAUGUCUAUCAAAAUGCUCUUCUUACUCUAAGUAUUUGCUGGGAUUAUGCCGAUUCAACAUUGUUCCCGAGUCGGAGGGGAGAGACUCUUUCGAUAGCUCUACCAAACGACGAGAACGAAAGUCUUGCUUAUUCAACUACAGGCUGUGCCUUCGUCAAUCAUGUAGACGAAUUCAAAAUCAAUGUCACGCACUCGCUCGUCAACUCACGAGGCUGGGUCUUGCAAGAAAGAACCCUUUCGCGGCGAAUCGUCUAUCUUGGGAAUGAGCAGCUGUACUGGGAGUGCGACGGAGUAAUCGCGAGCGAGACUGUGUCCAACAUUUUGCAAGACAAGGAUGUCAGGAGGAUGCCGAUUUUCCACGAUUCAGACGACUUCCGUAUCGCCCUUUGGCCUAAGCUCGUCGAAAAGUACAGCCAGUGUGGGUUGACGAGUGAAAGUGACAGGCUUGCUGCUAUCUCAGGCAUCUCUCGGAUGAUGUCCGCCGCCAACCCAAGGGAUCAUUACAUUGCAGGGAUCUGGUCCCAGUAUUGGAUCUUUGACCUUCUCUGGACACCGCUGGUCAAGAAUUUCUGGCCUCGGAAUGGUGCGCUACUCAGAACCUGCGCGGUCCGAACGAUACAGCCCGCACAAGGAGCUCCAUCAUGGUCAUGGAUGGCAUUCCCUGGACCAGUCGAACCACCUAGAUCACUUGAGCGACCCAAAUGCAUCGCAGAAACAACGAUGUCGCCUGACAAGUCCCUUUUUCUACCUCGAGCUCUCGCCAUGCUUAGCCAAUUUGAUGUCAAUCCUCCUCCAGGCGCGGAUAAUUUCGAUUCCAUGUCUCAUACGACUUUACGCCUGAACUGUUUCCUCAUACCUGCGGAUUUUGCGGGAAUAGCCGAAAUUUGCCAGAACGAGUCAGCCCCAGCGUUCUAUCAUCCCAUCUCCUGCAAUGCAUUCUACUUUCCUCAACAACGAAUUAAUGCCAUUUACCAUUUGGAAUUCCUCAAAAGCUCUAGCCGGGCACUUCCAGGGUCAGAGAAACUGACACCGAUUACUCUGUGCUUCAACAAGCCAUGGAAUUCCGGUUUACCCACCUCCAUGAUCCCCAUUUUUCAUCUACCAAAGCAUCCUGACAAACGUUGGACUCGGGACAGAGUAGGCGGUCUCAUCGUCCAGCGCACCAGUGCUAGGGGCCAGGAUCUGGAGUUUACCAGAAUAGGGACGUUUCAAGAAGGAACGACUAAAGAGUCAGUACUUCUCGGAGCAUUGAGAACUACUAUUUGCAAAGGCGUAAUCGAACUGGACGGUGAAUCUACAAAUUCAGGGAAGACUGGAAAAGAGAGGAACUUUGAGACCGGGCUGUACGAAUAUAUAAACGCUCCAAAAAUUGAAAGAUUGAUGGAAAAUACAUCCCAGGACCUUGGCGAGCGUCUUUCACCCCUCUUUUAUCCAAGAGCGGAGUGGGCAAAUAUUUUACUGGGCUGA